CUUGCCGUGCCGGUGGCGGCGGGCGGCGAAUGGCGGCAGCUCCGACGCGGAAGAAGCCGGGAGCGGCCGCCGCUCCCUGCGCCACGCUCUGAGCCCGGAGCCGGCCGGGAUGGCGGGCGGCGGAACCCCGCGGGGGGCGCGGUGCUGAGCGGCAGCUCGGCCGUGUUCUGAUCUAAUUUCCCAAGUGAGUGUGGUGUGGCUGGAGUGAACAUUUAACAAUGAGUGGUGCAGCGCUGGGCCUYGAGAUAGUGUUUGUCUUUUUCCUGGCCUUAUUCCUACUUCACCGAUAUGGAGACUUCAAGAAACAGCAUAGGCUGGUGAUCGUUGCAACACUAUUGGCUUGGUAUCUCUGCUUCCUGAUUGURUUCAUACUGCCUCUGGAUGUCAGUACGACUAUUUAUAAUCGAUGCAAACUUGCGGUUAACUCCAGUCCUGCUGAAAGUAAUGGCUCUUACGUUACUCUUGCUCCAAGCAAACAAAAAUGUUUCAAACCCUGGAGUUAUAUUCCUGAUGGAAUUAUGCCAAUUUUCUGGCGUGUUGUGUAUUGGACAUCUCAGUUUUUAACAUGGAUUCUGCUACCUUUCAUGCAGUCAUAUGCUAGAUCCGGAGGGUUCUCCAUCACUGGAAAGAUUAAAACUGCUUUGAUUGAGAAUGCCAUCUAUUAUGGCACUUACUUGCUGAUUUUUGGAGCAUUUCUAAUAUAUGUGGCUGUAAACCCAAACUUCAAUUUACAAUGGAACCAACUUCAGACUAUUGGAAUAGCUGCUGCAAACACAUGGGGUCUGUUCCUUCUUGUGUUGCUUUUGGGUUACGGUUUGGUGGAAAUCCCUCGUUCUCACUGGAAUGGGGCCAAGAGGGGUUAUCUGCUCAUGAAGACUUAUUUCAAAGCUGCUAAACUGAUGACUGAAAAAGCAGAUGCAGAAGAGAAUUUAGAGGAUAUUAUGGAGGAAGUCCGUAAAGUAAGUGAGAGUAUCAAAUAUAACCACCCCUUGAGGAAAUGUGUUGAUACAAUACUGAAAAAGUGCCCUACUGAGUACCAGGAAAGAAUGGGUAGAAACAUGGAUGAUUAUGAAGAUUUUGAUGAAAGACAGAACARUUAUCCAAGUGAAAAAAGUCUGGCCAAACUUCACAAGCAGGUAAUCUAUUCAGUGCAGAGACAUCGUCGUACACAGGUCCAGUGGCAAAUUCUUUUAGAGCAAGCAUUUUACUUAGAAGAUGUGGCAAAAAAUGAAAGCAGUGCAACUCGACAGUUUGUUCAUACCUUUCAUUCCCAGGAACCAGAGAAUAAAAUUAUUCAGUAUUUCUACACACCAACGGUUGAGUGGUACUGGGAAUGYCUUCUACGACCAUGGUUUUGCAGAGUGCUUGCAGUUGUGCUGGCCACGUUCUCUGUCAUUGUUGUGUGGUCAGAGUGCACAUUUUUCAGCACAAAACCAGUUCUGUCGUUAUUUGCGGUUUUCAUACAGCUGGCAGAAAGGACAUAUAAUUAUAUAUACAUAGAGAUGGCCUGUUUUCUUACCAUCUUUUUCCUGAGUAUCUGUGUUUACUCCACUGUCUUCAGGAUCCGUGUAUUUAACUAUUAUUACUUAGCUUCACAUCAUCAGACAGAUGCAUACAGUCUCCUUUUCAGUGGCAUGUUAUUUUGCCGUCUUACUCCACCAUUGUGCUUGAACUUUCUGGGCUUGACCCACAUGGAUGCAACAAUCUCUCACAAAAACACKCAGCCAACUGCUUACACAUCUAUAAUGGGAUCCAUGAGAGUGCUGUCCUUCAUUGCAGAUGGAUUCUAUAUUUAUUACCCAAUGCUUGUUGUCAUUCUCUGUAUUGCUACAUACUUUAGUUUAGGAACUCGUUGUUUGAAUCUUUUGGGAUUCCAGCAGUUCAUGGGGGAUAGUGAAAUGACCUCUGAUUUGAUUGAUGAAGGAAAAGAGCUAAUCAGAAGAGAGAAAAGAAAACGACAGAGGCAAGAAGAAGGUGAAAACAGAAGAAGGGAAUGGAAGGAGCGGUAUGGAAAUAGAGAUGAGUCCACCAGAAGCAGAGCAGUCCACACAGAUCAGAAAGAAUCCAGCUUCUCUGAGACCAAUGCCAAUAGACCACUAUCAAAGUAUACCCGUUCAAAUGGCAGGACUGAAAGAGAUAGAAUAGAACUCCUUCAGGAUGCAGAACCUUUGGAUUUUAAUGCAGACUCUGUUAAUGAUGACCCCCUUGAGUCAGACUCGGGAAGGUACCAGCCUGGUGGAAGAUAUCUGUCAAUGUCUCGAAGCAAAAUAUUUGAUGAUGUCUAAGCUCAUCAAAGCUAAAGAAAAUUCAGUGGAAAUCUAGCUCCCACUCAUUGCUUGGAAUUACUCUUAUU